AUGAGCCAAGAAGCAGAAGGUAGUGCAGCCAUGCUAGGCAGUACGGAUAUUGUGGUGAUCGCAGUCGCUGUUGCCGCUGUGGCUUAUUUCCUUUUUUUCCGAAAGAAGCCUGAAGUGGAAACAGAGUCAUUCAAAAGGCUUAGUGUUGUAACACCUGGAAGAGUCGGAUUUGAUUCAAAUUUCGUUCGACGUAUGAACAAAGGUGGCAAAAAAAUGGUAGUUUUUUUUGGCUCACAGACUGGUACUGCUGAAGAAUUUGCUACACGCUUGGCCAAAGAUGCCAGACGAUAUGGAUUGAAAGCAAUUACUGGAGAUCCAGAAGAGUGUGAUAUGGAAGAAUUAGAAAACAUGGGGCAGGUAGAAAACGGCUUUGCUGUCUUUUGCAUGGCUACAUAUGGUGAAGGAGAUCCUACUGACAACUCUCAAGAAUUUCAUGAUUGGUUACAACAGGAUGGACACAAUCUAUCAGAUUUAAAAUAUGCGGUAUUUGGAUUAGGUAACAAGACUUAUGAAAACUAUAACACAAUGGGAAAAUAUGUUGAUAAAAAAUUGUCUGAAUUGGGAGCAGAGCGCAUUUUUGAUCUAGGACUUGGCGAUGAUGACGGAAAUAUUGAGGAAGAUUUUGUCACAUGGAAAGAAAAAUUUUGGACAUCUAUCUCUGAAAGAUUUGGAUUAGAGCCACUAGGCGAAGAUACUGUGCUUAGAGAAUAUAAUCUCGAAAUUCAUGAUGAUAUGGCUAGUGACCAAAUUUUUACUGGUGAACCCCAGCGACUACACAGUUUUCAAAAACAAAAGAGACCAUUUGAUGCUAAGAAUCCUUUCCUAGCUCCUAUAAGGGUCAACCGAGAGCUACACGAAGGAGGCGAUCGAUCUUGCAUGCAUAUCGAACUUGACAUUACUGAUUCCGGGAUCAAAUAUGAAGCUGGCGAUCAUGUUGCAAUUUAUCCAAAAAAUGACAGCGAAACAGUAGAACGAAUUGGUCAACGCUUGAACGUUGACCUAGAUACAGUCUUUUCUCUUAAAAACAUUGACGAGGAAGCCAGCAAACAACAUCCUUUCCCCUGCCCAUGUACCUAUCGUACUGCCUUAACCUAUUACGUAGACAUAGCUGGCGUUCCUCGUACGCACGUUAUUCAAGCGCUAACUGAAUUUACUGAAGAUCCCAAAGAGAAAGAAUUUUUAAAACUACUAGCUAAACCGACACCUGAAGGAAAGAAAGAAUAUAGUGAAUGGAUUUUAAAGGGCCAAAGAAAUAUACUGGCUGUCUUAGAGGAUUUACCAUCAUUGAAACCGCCCCUAGAUUUGAUUCUAGAGUUGGCUCCCCGCCUCCAAGUUCGCUAUUAUUCGAUAUCAUCUUCCUCUAAAGUCCAUCCCACUGCAAUUCAUGUAACUGCCGUCUUGGUUAAUUUUACUACAAAAACUGGUCGCGAAUAUAAAGGAGUUGCCACAACUUGGUUGAAAAAUCUAAUACCUAAUGAUGAGAAUCCUCCUCGUGUACCAAUUUAUGUUCGUCGAUCUCAGUUUAAGUUACCGAGAAAGCAUCAAUUACCAAUUCUAAUGAUCGGUCCUGGAACGGGUUUGGCUCCAUUUAGAGGAUUUAUUCAGGAAAGGAACUUUCAGAAAAAGCAAGAUAAACCAGUUGGAAAGAGUGUUUUAUAUUUUGGCUGUCGUAACAAAAAAAUCGAUUACCUAUACCAGAAUGAAUUGACUGAAUUUGAAAAUGAUGGAACACUCUCAGCAUUGCAUGUAGCAUUUUCACGAGAUCAGAAUAAAAAGGUAUAUGUAACCCAUUUAUUACGAGAAAAUACUGAAGAGCUGUGGAACGUGAUUAAUGAUGGGGGUCAUAUAUAUGUCUGCGGUGACGCUAGAAAUAUGGCUCGUGAUGUUCAUCAACUACUUCUGGACGUUAUUAAGACAAAAGGUAAUAAAACUGCUUCAGAAGCAGAAGCCUUUGUAAAGAAGAUGUCCUCACAAGGUAAAUACUCUUGCGAUGUCUGGAGUUAA